UAAGCAAAGCUGCCUAAUCUUAUACUCACACGAGUACAGCCGGAAUAUACUUCAAGUAUUUUUGAGAGUUUUCAAAUACAGCUACAUUUCUAGCCUUCACAAAAUAUCACAAGACAUUCAUUAUUCGGGACCUGGUCGACCUCGCCCGGACAUAUUGCCGUCGUUUUCCUCUCGGUUGAGCUGAGCGCAGUAUUGCCCGACCCGUGGGCGCACCGGACCACAGCAUUCCGACGGCCUUUGCCGUCUCCGUCUCCACGCACCAUAUAUACCUGAGCCUUUCUCCACACAACUCGCUCGCUCUCCUCUUCCUCCCUCUCCUCGCACCACCAACCAAGCCCACCACCAAGCUAAGCUCUGGUCAGCAUUUUGCUCCAAAACCACCUACACACACGUACCAUGGCGCGAUCAGUGGCCUGCUCCUUCUUCUUCGACAACGAGCUGCUCGGCGAGCCCGGCAUGCCGGCGAUGGACGCGUGCGCGCUCUGCGCCAAGCCGCUGGCGCGCGACAGCGACGUCUUCAUGUACAGAGGAGACACGCCCUUCUGCAGCGAGGAGUGCCGCCACGAGCAGAUGCACCUCGACGCCGUCUGCGCCAAGCAAGCCGCCCGGAGGCAGCAGAUAUUCUCGGCGGAGACGGAGUCCCACCGUGGGCAGCGGCAGCCCAGGAAGGUGUCCGUCGCAAGCUAACCGGCUGACCGCUGAAAGUUUUGUAUGGAUCGACAAGAUCCGAAUUCAGAAGAAUACAUCAUCUGUAUUCUGAAGAAUCAUCGUCGUCUCCGUCUGUCCGGCCGGUGCUCUAGCCUGCUCCGGUGGAGGCACCAGAGGCAGCUUGGUGCCGCCUACAGGAGGCAAGGCAGGGCAGCAGCAUCAGGCGGCACGAAGCAUGUGUCCAUGGCAAGCUAAUUAGGCUGCCCAAAUGGUUGGAAAGUGUACUUGUUCUCGGUCGAAAACAGAAAUGUAAUCGCAAUGGAUCUGAUGAGACUUCUACUAUUUGGGUCGCCCUUCUGCGCCCUCUCUUGUUUAGUUUGCCUUUAAUGAUUGGGUCCUGUUUGGUUUUGGGUACCAUAACCACAUGCAACAGCAGUGUCACUGUAAAUACAUCAUGGCAACCAACCUACAAAUUAUCUUGCCCCUAAAUUUUGUUAUUCUUUUCGGAUUUAUAGCAUCUCUAAUGUUUCUAGUGAUAUGCCAAUACGAUUUGAGGCGACAUUUUAUCCAUACGAUUUUAUGAUAUUUUGCUAAAUCA